GGGAAUAUGAGAUACUGAUCAAAUAUUUGUUAACGACCGAUGCGAACUUGUUUGCUGUAAGAAUGUCAGACGAAAAACGUCGAGGAGAAGAUGUGGAAGAUGGAGGUCCUGGUCUUGUGUACAUGCCAUUUGUUACAAUGGAGGAAAUUCUCGACAAACUUAGACUUCUUGAUUAUGAGAGGGAAUUUCAAAUGAAGCUGAAAAUGAAACCAAUUUCGAGGCAUUAUUUUGCUAUUCCUACUAACCCAGGGGAACAGUUCUUCAUGUUUACAUCCAUAUGUGCGUGGCUUCUUCAAAAAGCAGGACGAAAUUUUGAACAACCACAAGAAUAUGAUGAUCCAAAUGCCACAAUUUCCAGUAUUUUAGAAGAACUGCGUCACUUUGGUCACUCGGUAGACUUUCCUCCAUCAAAAUUAAAACAGGGUUGUGGUGAACAUUGUAUUUAUGUACUUGAUAAACUAGCCGACGAAGCCCUGAAAUCUUCAGGAUUUCACUGGCAAAGGCCGGAGUACCCAGAGGAAGAGUUGGAAGAGGAGAAUAUUGUAGAAGAUGAUGCUGAACUCACGCUUAAUGAAGUGGAAAAAUCCAUCUUCCAGAAUGAAAUGGAAGAAGAAGAAUUUGAGGAGGAAGAGCAAAUAUUGGAUUUAGAAGGACUGAAGAGACUGAGUCAGAAGAAUCAACAAGUGGAACAUUCAAAACCAGAAGAAAUCAUGGAAUCAACAACUGAUGCUGCUGCAUGGAAACUUGAAGUUGAAAGGGUCUUACCUCAGUUGAAAGUUACCAUCCGUAAAGAUAACAAGGACUGGAGGGACCAUGUUGAGCAAAUGCAUCAACACAAAGAUGGUAUUGAAUCUUCACUUACAGAGACAAAAUCGUAUCUUGACAAACUUCAUGACGAAAUAGCCAGAACACUUGAAAAAAUCGGAAGUCGAGAGAAGUACAUAAAUAAUCAGCUGGAACAUUUACUUGCAGAAUAUCGUGCUGCACAAGAUCAGCUCUCAGAAACAAAGGAAAGGUACCGACAGGCCAGUGGGGGAGUCACAGAGCGAUCUCGCAUGCUGGCGGACGUUACAGAAGAACUAGAACGCAUCAAGAUGGAGAUGGAAGACAGAGGCAGUAGCAUGACAGAUGGCGCUCCACUGGUAAAGAUCAAGCAGGCCAUCCAGAACCUCAGGAAAGAGAAUGUCCAGAUGGAAAUCCGAAUUGGAGUAGUGGAACAUGUUCUCCUCCAGGCCAAACUUAAAGAUAAAACCUCCCAGAAUAAAGAGGUUCAUAGUAACAAAACACAGGAUACAUUUGACUAUAAUGCCUAUUGAAUCUCUUGAGACUUAGGCUAAGUUGUUGAAUAUAUGUGAUAGUUUAUUCCAUCCAUUUUUAUAUUGUGAGAUUUUUCUUUUAAGAUUUAUUUGAUCAAUGUAAAGGAAGAUAAUUAUUUUUUUUUUAUAACACAAGAUCUGAUAAACACUAAA